UUGGUAGAUUUUGCGAUUAAAUUUCGUAUCUGGUGUUUUCCUUGUUAGAAUCUUAAUAUUGAGGCCAAUAAAUUGAAAUUUGACACGACACUCUUCCCAUCAAACUGCAGAGGGUAUGUUGCCGUCGGCGUACCAAUCAACACUCACUUACACGCUAGAAUGGAGACCGAGAAGUCCCAAGAUGAGGGCGAUAGACGGAAAAAUCCAGGGCAGAGUCCACCACGCAUGUUCAAGGAACGCCUGUUCCACAUGCUGCCAGAUUAUGCCGGCCCGUACAGCGUGGGUAUGAUGGAGAUAGAGGUGCCGGUACGCGAGCCGCGGACGUUUUCACACAUCAAGCGUAAUCAUAUGCAUGCGCUGCGGAUGGACACAGUCCUCUUCUCCAUUUUCUAUCCCUGUGACGCUUCGUCCUACACAUCCAACAAGGGGAAGAAGCCAUCUAAGGCCACGUGGUUACCAAGACCGCGCGCCUUGACCAGUAAGGGGUAUGCGAAAUUCUUCAGCGUACCACACUUGCCCGUCACCGCAUAUAUUGCGGCUACAACCAUGUUUACCAAGCUUCCGGCUUUCCGGAAUGCCAAGCUUGCUCGUCGUUACGCCGACGCAUCGCCUAGCUCAUCUUCUAGUGCUCGCAGUCAAAGUACACUGGCCGAAAGGAAUGAGAAAAUACCCAAUUUUCCAGUUAUCCUAUUUAGCCAUGGAUUAGGAGGUUCUCGGACGUGUUAUAGUACGAUAUGCGGAGAAUUGGCUAGUAACGGUUUCGUUGUCGUUGCUUUAGAACACCGAGAUGGUAGCGGUGCGCGUUCCUAUGUCAAUAUUCCGCCGAGUGGGAAGUUGGCCUCUGAUCUAAAAGUUGACGACCCGAAUCUAAAAGGAUAUUAUAAGGUCGAUUACAUCUUCCCUCAAGAAAAUGCCCAAGACACAUCCCCACAUAAUGCUGGAGGCGUAGACACUGAACUGAGAUACGCUCAAAUCGAAAUGCGGAUGUCUGAGAUCGAAGAGGCCUAUCAUGUUCUAGAGCUUCUUCACAAUGGGCAAGGGGUUUGGAUUUAUGAGAAUAAUCUAAGAAAGAAAGGCAAUGUUGGAUCAAGCUCAAAGGGGCUAGAAGGUGUCGAUUGGUCCGACUGGGAAGGAAGGCUCCUGCUAGGAAACGUGACAGCGAUGGGGCAUUCUUUUGGUGGAUCAACAGCAGUUGAAAUCGUUCGUGAAAGUGAUCGCUUUUCCUAUAUUGGUCAAGGUAUUCUGCUAGAUGCGUGGGGACAAGCAACACCAAAACCGGGAGACAUCUCUCACCAAUCGUUGCAUAAACCUCUCCUAAUCAUCAACUCCGAAGCAUUCAUGCAUUGGCCAAAGAAUUUCAAGAAAUUAAGCGAUAUUGCCAGAGAAGCAAAAGACGGGGGUGCUUUCUGCUGGAUGUUGACUAUCAAGGGUUCCACGCAUUUAUCCCAGACUGAUUUCGCUGUACUGUAUCCGCAGUGGAUGUCGAUAUUCAUGAAAACAAUGGUCAAUCCGAGACGAGCAGUAUACCUGACUGUGAAUUCCUCCUUAGAAUUUCUAAGUCGAGCACUGCCUCCUGAGUCUAUUAUAGGGAAUGCUUGGGUUAAUGAAGGGAUUCUUGAAACCAAAUUACUCACUGAGGACGAGCUACCACUCGGGCACCGACCCAACGAUAAGUGGACAGCUUCGCGUCUUAGGAUACCCAAUGAGUUAUGGCUUCGAACCACCCACUGGGUCCGACGAAAAUAUCAGGCAUCAACGGUAGCUACGGACCUCAAGGGGAAGCCAUUGACAGGAUUGGCGAACUAUGCGCCUGGGAGUGAGGUUUGGAUGCAUCUUAGUCCGACCCGGGAAGAACCGUAACUUGCGAUUUGGUGGAGUUAAGGGGUAAUCCUGUGCCAUUCGCCUUGCAUGGUAUGUAGUGGCUGUCCUGCGGUGUUCGGUACUUGGAGUAGGAAGCGCAUUGCCGGAUACUUGGGAAAUACCUGUUGACAAAUGACUUCCUGCAGGUUGUAGUUUGUAAAUAAAAUCUACAUUGAGAUCAAAGUCCUUGGCUGUCUUGAUAUUAACGUUUGCAGCAAUGGCACCGAAUCUCGAUAUGCGUGCAGAUCGGACCAGAACCUGGCGUGAUCGAUAUACAAUGUUCACACGACUGCUAACGAAACACAGUACAUAAACGU